AUGUCCAGGUCAUACGAUCGCGCUUUGACGGUAUUCUCGCCUGAUGGACAUUUGUUCCAGGUUGAGUAUGCUUUAGAGGCUGUCAAGAGGGGAACAUGUGCUGUCGGAGUACGAGGCAAUUCAGUCGUCGUCCUCGGUGUCGAAAAGAAAUCCGCCCUCCAGCUGCAAGAUCCACGAACAGUCCGUAAAGUCGCCAUGCUCGAUGAUCACGUCUGUAUCGCUUUUGCCGGCUUGACGGCGGACGGACGUAUAUUGAUCGACAAGGCGAGGGUGGAGUGCCAGUCUCACCGCCUGACGGUGGAGGACCCGGUCAGCAUCGAGUAUAUCACCAAGCACAUUGCGGGGAUCCAGCAGAAAUACACCCAGUCGGGUGGUGUGCGGCCUUUUGGUAUCUCGACCCUCAUUGUUGGAUUCGACCCGAACGACAAAAUCCCGAGGCUGUAUAUGACUGAGCCGAGCGGGAUUUACUCUGCAUGGAAGGCAUGCGCAGUCGGUCGAUCCUCCAAAACCGUCCGCGAAUUCCUCGAGAAGAAUUACCCCGAGGACCUCUCCCGGGACGACACCAUCAAGCUUACCAUCAAGUCGCUGCUUGAAGUUGUGCAAACCGGAGCGAAGAAUAUUGAGAUUAGCGUGAUGGAGAGGUAUGGUGUUGUCACUGCACUGGAACAAUCCGAAAUCGAAAAGAUAGUCGCCCAGAUCGAAUCGGAGAAGGAAGCCGAUGCGGAGAAGAAGCGACAGCGUGUGGCCCAGACCCAGGCGGGGCAGGCGAGCAUGGCGAUGGGCUCGGCGUUGCCUCCUUCGGCGGCUGCGGGCAACGAGACUGAGACUCCGGCAUCGGGUGGGGAGGCGGCGGGGACAGCUGCGGGCACGGCGGGGGAUGCGACGGGGAGUGGGAUCCAGUAG